AUGUCAUCAUCUUGUUGCUCAAAAAAGGAAAACGAACAUACGUGUGGUGGUGGACAAUCGGAUACCGAUGACGAGAGUCUAAUUGUGAAGGAUGAAGCUUACAACAAAAAGCUAGCGAACGGAACGAAACGAGCCGAACUUCUGAAACAACGAAAAGCGGAGAAGAAGGCGAAGAAGAACAAUGGGAAUCCGAUUCAAUCGGAGACGUUCGCAAUACCACGUGGCACGACGUCUUCUAGCCUAGAUGGAGCAGAUGAGGUGGAAUGUAUGAUUAAAGGACUGUUAGCAUCGACUGCAGGGAAGUACUGUAGUGUUACACAGACAGUAACCAGUGGAUCCGUUUCUCAAACAUUUCAUUUUACGAGAAGAGCUUCUGGAGACAUCUCGACGGAUUCUGACGCAGAUUCUGAUGAUGGUGAGCCCCCUGUGAAGACGUCAGUUCAUGAGAGACCGAAGCUUGUGGCAAGGCGGACGAUGCAAGGGAAGAUGAAUCCAGAAGUGCAGGAAGAGGUUGACAGGAUGUUUGAGCAGCUGAAGACGUCUUCUGAAUCAUCUGGAGGAAUUAUGGUGCGGUGUUCGGGGCGGAAAAUUCAAACGAGACAUCAUCAAACGCAAACUGAGAAGUUUUGUGAUGAAGAAUUGAAAAAAUGCCAAUUAGAAAAUCAGGAGCUAAAAGAGCAGAUUCUGAGCAAUCAAGAAAAAAUAAAACGAGCAGACGAAGUGGAUAAAACUCUGAGGGAUUUGAACAAGAAGGUUGUGGAUAUGGAAAAGGAGAAGGAGAAGGAGACGAGGAAGCUGGAAAAGGGACAUGCACACGAGUUGAGAAGACGGGAUAAGGAGAUGGAGACGUUGAAGGGAGAAGCCGCUGAUUCCUUGGAAAAACUUCGAAAAUCACACGCAAACGAGCUGAAAAAAGCCGAGGAAAAGACGAAAUUGGUCGAAAAAGAGGUUCAAAAUAUGAGGGACCAGAUGAAAAUGGUCCAGGCUGAAAUGAGCAAUUUCGCGCAUGUGGAGGCGUGGUUGAAGACCGAAAAAAUGAAAAGUCUGAAAUUGGAGCAAGAGGUGUUGGCGUUGAAAAAGCAGAAGGAGAGAAGUAGUCCGCCGGCGUGGAGCAAUCCAAAAGCAAAGGAGGAUCUGGAAGAGAUUGAGCGGCUGAAAACGGAAAUUAGGCGAAGAAAUGAAAAUGAAACAGCACUGGAUAAUUUGAAUGUUCGGUUGGCAAUUGAAAUUUCAAAACUCGAAGAACAAAUUCGAAGUUUGGAGAAAGAGAAAGCCGAGGAUCAGAAGACGAUUCAGAGUCAGACGCAGGAACUUCAGAAUUUGUCUCAAAAAUCCGCACAACUCGAAGAAUCGAUGGACAAUUUAAGGAUGGAAUAUCGACGAAAAGAGGCAGCUGAUAAGUUUGAAUUUUCACAGUUUCUCAAAAAAACUUUUUUCAGAUUAAAAAACGAAAAUUCCAACUUAACUGCUCGCAUUCGUCAACAGGACAAUACAAUCAACGCGUUGGCAAAUCAGCUGGCGGGUCUUACCACGACAACACCAACUACAGUAAUCCCACCAGUGAUAAAACAAGCUCCGCCCCCUCAGGCUCCGCCCCCAAUCAGAUCCACGUGGUCGCCGCUGUUAGCAUCGUCAACGUCAUCUGGAUCACAAUCCGAAUGGAUGAAUUCGAAUUCGACGUUUCGAAAAGAGUCGCCGCCAAAUUUAAAUUUGAAUUUGGCGCCAAGUUUAAAUUUGCCGCCAAAUUUGAAUUCUAAUCCAUUUGGCGGUUUUCGGCCGAUGAUUUCGGCGAAUUCGGAGAAAAACAAGUGUUUUGUGUGUUUAUGGGAAAUUAAGGAGAAUCAUACGACGAUGAAAUGUGAGCAAUGUCAGCGGAAUGUUCAUGAAAUGUGCGGUAUGAAAAUGGCUGAAACCGGAGCAGCUUGUUUUGGAUGUGAGCAGGAGAAGAUGAUUGGAAUGAUGAAUUUGAAAAAAUAG